AUAAUCACGCAGUGAGUCAAAUUCACUUUGCGCUGCGCCUCUCUCUCUCUCUCUCUCUCCCUCCCUCUCCCCCUCUCUCUGCGCCGUGCUUUUCUUCCCCCACACCAUCAGUUCCUGUCUGCUAGAGGAACCGAAUGCACCCUGUGUGAGCAGCAGCAGUAACAGUAACCAGACGCGCCUCUGGAGAACAUCCGCGAUGUGAGUGAAGGCGCCCGAACCGAACCGAACCGUGAAGAGGUGUUCUGCGUAAAAAAAUAAAUUAAAAAAAGCCAAACACAAAGGAGAUGAGAUGAGAUGAGCUGAGAGGCGGUGGGAGCGGUGUCCGGGCGAUGCGGUGCCUCCACACGCUGUCAUGAAACCGGAGCGUCGCGGAGACUGAACGGGUCCGAGGUGCGGGACGAGAUCCGGACCCGCAGCAUUACCGGAAUCCUCCCCUACACACACACACACACACACACACACACACACACAUACACACACACACUUCCUUCUCAUCACAUCACGCAGCUCUAGAGAAAGUUUCCUGAUGGCCCUCGUCAUGGAACCUGUGAGCAAAUGGAGUCCCAGUCAAGUGGUGGACUGGAUGAAAGGACUGGAUGACUGUCUGCAGCAGUACAUUAAGAACUUUGAGCGAGAGAAAGUGGGAGGUGAUCAGCUGCUCCGCAUCACCCAUCAGGAGCUGGAGGAUCUGGGUGUGUCACGCAUCGGCCACCAGGAGCUGAUCCUCGAAGCGGUGGACCUGCUGUGUGCUCUGAAUUAUGGACUAGAGACGGAGAACCUGAAAACUCUGUCUCACAAGCUGAACGCCUCGGCCAAGAACCUACAGAACUUCAUCACGGGCCGCAGACGCAGUGGACAUUACGACGGCCGGACCACGCGCAAACUUCCCAAUGACUUCCUGACGUCCGUCGUGGACCUGAUCGCCGCGGCCAAGAGUCUGCUGGCAUGGCUGGAUAGGUGCUACUUCUUUUUCAGGUCCCCUUUCGCUGCAGUAACGGAUUAUUCAGUGACGAGGAACAACGUGAUCCAGCUGUGUCUUGAACUUACUACCAUCGUACAGCAGGACUGCACUGUUUAUGAGACGGAGAAUAAAAUCCUGCAUGUGUGUAAGACUCUAUCCGGAGUGUGUGAUCACAUCAUCUCUCUAUCUUCGGACCCUGUGGUGUCUCAGUCGGCUCAUCUCGAGGUGGUCCAGCUGGCCAACAUCAAGCCCAGUGAGGGACUGGGCAUGUACAUCAAAUCCACAUACGACGGGCUUCACGUCAUUACCGGGACAACCGAGGGUUCUCCGGCAGAUCGCUGUAAGAAGAUCCAUGCAGGUGACGAGGUGAUCCAGGUGAACCAUCAGACAGUGGUGGGCUGGCAGUUGAAAAACUUGGUAAACUCCUUGCGUGGGGAUCCUGGAGGGGUGACGCUGACUCUGAAAAAGCGCCCACAGAGCACGCUCACCUCGGCCCCGGCCCUGCUAAAGAACAUGAGGUGGAAGCCCCUGGCCCUUCAGCCUGUCGUUCCCAAGAGCCCCACCAGCAGCUCAGCCACACCCACAAGCACCAUCAGCACGCCCACCAAACGAGACACCGCCCUCCAUGACCUGUACAUCCCGCCCCCUCCUCCUGAACCCUACACACCAAGGGAUGAGCAGGGGAAUCUCACAAGUGAUGAUCGAGGUCAGGGGCUUCCUACAGCCAAAGGCUCUGAGUCUCCGAACUCCUUCCUGGAUCAGGAAUAUCGUCAUCGCUUCCCUCUGAUGGAGGAUGAAGCUGUGCUCUACUGCUACGAGUAUGAGCCAGGCCGUGGAGCUCCGCCCUCUCGCAGAGACGCCACACCCACUUAUGGUCGUUUAAGGCCCAUCUCCAUGCCUGUGGAGUAUAAAUGGGUCCCAGACUAUGAAGAUCCGGCCAGACUGAAGAGAGAAGGCAGGAGAGAUAACUCCAUGCUUCGGUAUGUAAACGAAGAGAAGCUUCCAGAAGAAUAUCUGACCGGACGCAGCGCUAAGCGUGACACGGGCAAACGUGCGAAGAAGAAAAGCGAGAAGAGCAAUAGUCCCUCCCACUACGGCCUGCUGCCCGCCCUGCAGAUGGAGGUCCUGCGCCAGGAGUCCAUGUCCACCCCGAGCUCGGACUCCACCUCGCUGUACCAUACAUUCCAGGGAUCCUCCCUGCUAUCAAAGACCAAGAAGAAAAACAAAGGCAUGCCCCUGUCCUCCAUCAGCAAGAGGAGAAUCUCGUGCAAGGACCUGGGUCGAGGAGACUGCGAAGGCUGGCUCUGGAAGAAGAAGGACGCCAAAAGCUACUUUUCCCAAAAGUGGAAGAAGUACUGGUUUGUCCUAAAGGAUGCCUGCCUCUACUGGUACAUGAACGAGGAGGAUGAGAAAGCUGAAGGGUUCGUCAGCCUCCCGGAGUUCAAAAUUGACCGUGCCAGCGAGUGCCGCAAGAAGUAUGCUUUCAAAGCGUGCCACCCCAAAAUCAAGAGUUUCUACUUUGCGGCUGACGGAGUGGACGACAUGAACAGGUGGCUGAGUCGGCUAAACAUGGCGGCAGCCGGCUAUGCCGAGAGAGAGAAGAUCCGUCAGGAGCAAGCUGAUUACUGGAGUGAAAGUGAACACGAGGACAACGAAACCCCGUCUACGCCGAAGCAGGACAGUCCACCACCACCGUACGACACGUAUCCCCGCCCCCCCUCAAUGACCUGUGCAAGUCCGUACCCGGGGCCCAAGCACAGCAGGCUGUCAUCCACUGAAACCUCCCACUCGCGCUCAUCUCAUGAGGAGUACCGCUCCGAUCCUCCGGGUGGAGGGGGAAGCAGCAGCGGUGGCGGUUCUCCGGCCCGUAAGUCGGCGAGUCAUCGGCGUUCGUGGCAGGACCUGAUCGAGACGCCACUCACCAGCUCGGGCCUGCACUACCUGCAGACGCUUCCACUGGAGGACGCUGUGUUUGUUGAGCCGGGCAACGGGAUGUCCCCCGAGCGCCGCCGCCAGUCCACGCUGCCCGCCCAGCGCACGCUCCUGCAGGAGCACUAUGGACCCUUCGACAUGCCCGAGGGCGAGCGACUGCGAGACCCUGCGGCCGGUGGAGGGAAACCCCGCAGCUUCACACUACCACGCGAUAGCGGCCUGCAUGCGCUCCUCUCGCCGUCCACUAGCAUGGCCGAGCAUCGUGAUCCUCCACACAGAGGUGACGGCGGGGAGCAUGAGCGGGAGCACGAGCGUCAGUGCCACGCCGACUCUCUGGGAGACCUGUAUCGGGCGCUCGAACGCGCCAGAGUGUCUCCUUUGGGUGAGCCGCGUCUCUCCACCCGUCUCGAGUACAAGCACUCGUUCGUGCGCCGCUGCAACGACCCGCUGCUCAACGACAAAGUGCAUCGCCUGCGUAUCCUGCAGAGCACGCUCAAGGACAGGGAAGGCGAGAUAGCAGUGAUUGACAAGCUACUGGACAAACCCAAGCUUACAUCCUCCGACUUCCAGGAGUGGAAGAGAACGUACGCGGAGCUGUUCUCAGCCGAAGACAAGAAGGACCGCCAGCCUAGUCCGCUGUCGGAGCCAAGCCCCGCGUCCACUCCCGAGCCCACGCCUCGCACGCCGUCCCUCUCGCACACACACUCCUACAUCGAGACUCAUGUCUGAGUCAUACACACACACACAUAUACACAAACACACACACACACACACACACACACACAUUUCAGGUUCUAACUGGCCCGUCUCAGGACCUUAAAGUGUUACACAACCAGUACUGUAGGUUUAUUUAAAGGAAAACUCCAGCUCCCUGUGCUAAGACUCCAAACUCACUUAUAUAAUAGAAGUCUAAGGGCAUUUAUUGAAGAUAUUUGCAUAUAAAUGAAGCUGUAAGUGUGCUGAAUCGCUAAGUUCAGAGAUGGGACUUCUUUUUCAGAAGGAACAAUAUGAUCUGUGGUAGACGUAUGUCUCUGAUGGUGUAAGGAUACUUCAGGAAAGUGUAAAGUAACCGGAACUACUUUUUACCGUCUUGCUGUGAAGUUAGUUGGAUAAAAACAAUCUUUGGGGAAGAUUUUACAUUUCACACUUACAUUUCUCUGAAAUAGUCACAUAUUUUUUUACGGUUUAUUAACAGAAUACAACAUCUGCCCUUAGACGUCUGUUGUACAGUAGGGGAAAUAAGUAUUGGAUGCAUCAACAUGUUUUUCAAUAAAUAUAUUUCCAAUGACGUUAUUCACAUGAAAUUUUCACCAGACAUCAGCAUUAACUCAAGAACUCUGGAAACAUAAAGAAUUCGCGACAUUAAAGUCCAUAAAUAAAGUUAUGUGUAAUAAAGUGGAAUGACACGAGAAAAAGUAUUGAAUAUGGUAAGAAAAAACAGUUCUCCAAGGCAAGGUAAAGCAAGGAACCAGCUGAAACCUGUAAGUAAUUAUACCUCCUACCUGUGCAGAUUAAUAUCAGCUGGGUUAGUAAAUUGAUGGUCUAUAAAAAGGCUUUUCGUUACCAAGGUGUCACACAAGAAACAUCUCAUGAUGUGUAAAAGCAAAGAGCUCUCCCAAGACCUUCACAACCUUAUUGUUGUGAAACAUAUUGAUGGAAUCGGAUACAGAUGUAUUUCAAAACUUUUGAAUCCUCCAGUAAGGAUCAUUAGGGCCGUUAUCCACAAGUGGAGGCAACAUCACUCCGUCAUCAACCGGUCACGCACAGGAGCUCCUCACAAGAUUUCUGACCAGGGAGUCAGAAGAAUAGUCAGAAGAGUAGCGCAAGAGCCAAGGACCACUCAGAAAGAGCUCCAGAAACACUUGAAGGCAGCAGGUGCCAUCAUCACAGAGAAAACAAUAGGGAAUGCACCCCACUGCUCAUGCUCACCCCACAAGACUCCAUUACUAAAGAAAAGGCAUGUUGAAGCUUGUUUAAAGUUUGCUACAACUCAUUUGGACAAGACUAUGAAAUACUGGGAGAGUGUAGUCUUGUCAGACGAGAGCAAAAUUGAACUUUGUGGUUGUGAUACUACACACCAUGUUUGGAGAAGAAAUGGCACUGCACAUCACCCUAAAAACACUACACCAACAGUGAAGUUUGGAGGUGGAAGCAUCAUGGUGUGGGGCUGUUUUUCAUCACAUGGUACUGGCAGACUUCAUAUAACUGAAGGAACGAUGAAUGGAGCCCUUUACCGGGAGAUUCUUGAGAAGAAUCUGCUGCCAAACACCAGGAUGAUGAAGAUGAGACAUUGGUGGAGCUUCCAGCAGGACAACGAUCCAAAGUGUACAGCAAAGGAAACUCUCAAUUGGUUUCAGAGAAAAAAAAAUCAAGGCGUUAGAAUAGCCCAGUCAAUCAUCUGACUCGAAUCCAACUGAACAAGAUUUAAAGACGAAAUGUUUAGAAGAACGGACCAAAAUCACACCUGAAUACUGCGGCCAAUUAAUUUCUUCAUACAGGAAGCGUGUUGAAGCUUCAUUACAAACAAAGGCUUCUCCACUAAGUAUUAAAUACAUUUCAGUUAGUGUGUUCAGUACUUUUUUCCCAUGUCAUUUUUCUUUAUUAAACUUUAAAACUUUAUUUAUGGACUUUAAUGUUUGAAUUUCUUUAUAUUUCCGGAUUUCUUGAGUUAAUACUGAAGUCUGGUGAAAAUUUCAUGUGAAUAACCUCAUUUGAAAUAUAUUUACUGACAAAAAUGUCGACAUGUUCAAUACUUAUUUCCCCCACUGUAUCCACGUUUGGUGUAAAUUUAUUUAUGUAGUUUUUGUAAGGAAAAUGGUGGAAACUUCUGGUCUGUUGUACUCAGACAAACACACUACAGAUACAGUUUAUAGAUUUUACUUUCAAACAACAACAACAACAACAAUGGAGUAUUCCCUUAAUUGUGUAUUCUAAUAGACACACAUGGAUUUUAUAAAAAGCGCAAACAAAACCAGCAGCCUCGACUCUAAACACUGGAUUUGGAAACACCGGUUACUGGUUUCGAUACCGCAGUUUUUCCUGAGACGCUAACAAACGUGACAGCCGUCAAACACCGCAAUAGGACAGAACCACGCCCAGAUCCAUGGCAUAACAGAACCACAGGAUGGAUUGCGCAAAUUUGGGCAUUGGAACCGAAGCCUGGAACUGUGGGGCAAAAGAAAAGUGGACAUCACUUUUUAUUAUAAAAUCAAUAUUUCAUUUCUUGAUAUUUUUCUUUUAGCCACUGUUCAUAAGUUUAUAUGCUGAACCUCCCAUGAGCCAGCUGCUUAACGCUGCAUCAUCAUGCUUUUUGAUUGGAUCUCAAAGAUCUUAAGAGUCCAGAAGUCCAGAUCCAUCCGUACUAAACAGCAGUUAGUUAGUUUUAGAAAUAGCUAGCUAAUAUUGCCUAGCUAGAUAAAUGGACAGAACUCAUGGUGCAUACUUUUAAAUCUGCUAGUAUAUAUUUGUUAAUGCAGACUGGAAGGUCUUGCUUAGUGACCUAAACACUGGUCCUCAUUUAUCGCUCUUCGAGUAAAGUUGUAUGUUAAUGGCUUUUAAUGGCCAAAACAAGCUGAAAAUUCCCGCCAGAUUCACAGUUUCAAGUUUCAGUGAUCUAUGUAUGUUGAUAAACGUCAAUCAGACAUAAAUUACCGAGCAUGUUCACGGCAUUUACAUUUAGCCACGCCCACAAAACUCCACAAAAGCAAAAAACGCCAUUACUUUGGUCUUGAUUUAUGGAUUUGUUUUGUAAUCGAUUAGUGAUUUUCCUUAUAUGGAAAUUAGGGAUGUAGAAUAGGAACUUUAUUUAUUUAUUUAUUUAUUUACAACUAACUGGAUUUUCAUCAACGUUUCAGCAUUUUCUUGUCUAAAUGCUCUUGUGAACAAUGUAUGAAUAAAUUUGUCCGCAUCCUGCUUGAUACAUGAGGCCCACUGUUUGUUAAAUAGCUUGUAGCUAUCUCCAUGACGGUGAACUAUUAAGACACGUGCAAUAUAAAUCAUGAUUAUGUUCAAAUGCAACCCUGGUUCCAGAAAAGUUGGGACACUGUUUUAAAUGUAAAUGAAAACAGAAUAGAAUGAUUUGCAAUUCUCAUAAACCCAUAUCUUCUUCACAAUAGAAUGUAGAAAACAUAUCAAAUGUUUAAACUGAGAAUAUGUACCGUUUUAAGGAAAAAAUAAGGUCAUUUUGAAUUUCAUGGCCACAACACGUCUCAAAAAAUUGCAACAAAAGGGGCAACAAAAGGCUGGAAAAGUAAGUUACUAAAAGGAAAUAGCUGGAGGAAUAUUUUGUAACUAAUUAAUUUAAUUAAAGUAGUUUUCCGCAAAAAAAAGCACAAAAAACCCCGCAAAUUGUAUCGCAAAUUGUGAAAAAAGCUGCAGCAAAAUCAAGCGUUUUCGACCACAACAAUCACAAAAAAACUGUACGGACUGGCUUGUAUACGAACGACACUAGACAUCGGAGAUUUGUUAAAAUGUUCACUCAGGACGAAAACUAGACAUGUCAUUAACAUCGGCAAACAAAAAGAAUUUUUCACGUCUUUGUGCUCACUGGGUUGUGAUAUAUUUCACUAUUUAUAUAUUUAAGCAUUUAUUAACAAUCAGACAGCUGAGAUUAAAAAAAGAUUACGCAUUAAUACAAGUGUUGUAAACAUGCCUACUAGUACAAGAUUAUUUCCAGUUUGUACUAAUGAAACUUUUUACUUUGAGCUAUAUUUUGAAGGCUUUGGGGCAGGACAUGUUUCCUCACCAAUAUUUGGACAAAUCCCGCCUCCUGCACUACGCCUGGCUAGCAUUUCUGACUCGUAAUCACAGUGCGACAAAUGGCCGCUUGUUCACAGUCAGGAUUCCGAACACUUUCAUGAUGAGUUUUGUAGUGACAUGAACGCAGACUGGCGGUGAUACAAAAUCGGGAAUGUAGUGGAUGAGUAACAGUACUAAAACAGUACUAGUAAAAAUAGCACAACACGACGAGUUACAUAUAAACGCUAUACCUGCUGUUGUAAUCACGCCUACUGAGAUCACUUUCGAGGAUUUACAACAGAGGUCUCUUUCCACACCAAUAUUCAGACAAAUCCCGCCUCCUGUGAUAUACGAUUGGCUAUCAUUUCUUUCUGUACUACAAAUAACAUUACAAAGAAGCAGAUGGUCAGCAAUAUAAAAUUGUAAACGCAGAAGCUGAGAGACGCAACACAGCACAAGUGAGAUGAAUGAUUUACAUUUUAACAGCUAGUUUUGUGAGUUUAAAAUCCUCAAGAUUUUGGAGUUUGGUGUAGCUAAUGAAAGCACUUUAAAAAAAAAAAAGGAGAUCUCCUUGCAGGUGUAGAACAUACAUGACAAUACAGUAUAUACAUAUAAUAAAGAGUGCACAGUGAGAAAAUCACACCUGCGUGUAGGCUUCGCUGGCCGAAGCCUGUGAUUUAGCCAUGCGUGGGUUUUGAUGGAUGUAUUUAUUCCUCCAAGCUGAUCGUCUGAAAUUCUGGAGGAGAGCUCGCGCUCUUACUCCUCCAGCUGAAAUGAGAAAUUACUCUAUAAAAAUGUAAAGUAGUUCAUAAACACGAGGCACGUUUUCUGCACAGGGACUCGAGUAAUACUGAUUACUUUAGCUCAAUCUUGCAAAAAAUAAAUAAAUUUAAAAAAAAAUUCUUUGCCAAUACCACUUCCUAUCAACAUACUGUGAUUGUGUAUUAUAAUGAGCUUCAUGAAUAAUUCAUAAAGUGUCUGUGGCUUCAUCCAAUCACAGGGAAAGAAAAUGUUACAAGUGAAUGUCUUGACGCAAAUGAAUAUUCAGGAAUGUAGGAGUUUUCGUCAGGGCCGUUUCGAGCUACAAGCGGCACGAGCAGUCGCUUAAAGCCGCCAAACCUCCAUUUCAUUAUAAUUAUCCGAUAAUUAUUUUACCAAUUACGUUUUUAUUAAUUAAUUUAAUAAACAAUGUAAUCAUUUGAUUAAUAAAAAAAAAUUAUGAAUCACUUGAGCGAGUAAAAAUAAAUAAAUAAAUAUUAAUUAAUAAAAGAUCUAUUUUAUUGUAUGUCAGCACUCAG